AAGGGCGACAAUUUGUGGCUCACACACAGGACAACUGGGACAGGGAGAAAACUCCUUACGGCUAAACCAGGGGCAACAACUCAAGGGCCACAAACAUGGAGUAAAAGCGGCGGACUAAAAGUGCAGGAAAGAUCUCAAUUGUUUGCGACUACUUUAUUAUAUCACCAACAUACCAAGGUCCACAACUCUCUCCCCGACCAAGCCUGGAGUAACGUCCCCUGGACUGCCUCCCUUGAGGUUGCCAGACAUGAGCGGCCAGUCACUCCACGCCACGCACAGCAUGGACCCACGCUACAGCGCCGUCAGCACUAUCAGCAACACUGACUCCUGCUGCCCGCGUCACUCUGACUCUUGCUGCCCGCGUCACUCUGACUCAAGUUGUCCCCGUCAUAAUGACUCCUGCUGCCCGCGUCACCACUGCCACUAUGAUCAUCAGAUCAACAACAACAACGCCAGUGGGCGUGGCUACACCUCCGACAGUGGGCGUGGCUACACCUCCGACAGUUUCAGCCUGUCGGAAACGUCCGACGGUUCCGUCAUCGUGACGGACCGGCUGGUGUGUCGGUGCCAGGGGCGGGGCGAGCAGAAACAGGGGCGAAGGGACAAGGUCAAGGCCAUGAAGGUCAAGCGUCUGGUGGCGCUCAUCGCCGUCUUUGUCAUCUACGUCAGCAUCGGCGCCGCCGUCUUCAACGUGCUGGAGGCGGGGGCGGAGCAGGACAGGAAGGACGUCCUGCAGGACAAGGUGGAGCGCUUCCUGCUGAACAACAGCUGUGUGAGCCGGGCCGACCUGUAUCGUCUGCUGAGGAAUGCCGUGGAGGACAGCGAGAUCGUCUACUACGUGGUGGAGAACAAGACACACCUGGACAGGUGGGACUUCAGUGGGGCCUUCGGCUUCGUCGUCUCGGUCGUCACCACCAUAGGUUUUGGUAACCUUGCGCCAUUCACGAGCGAGGGGAAGGCCGUGUGUGUCGUGUACGCCAUCUUUGGGAUACCCUUGACCUUGCUGGUGCUGGGCGGGAUCGGCGAGAAAAUGGCCAGCUUCGUGUACACCAUCAGACGGUGUCAGAACCCCUACUGCCACCACACCCCCAGGGUGAACCGGAUGUUGAACAUCUUCUACGUGGUCAUCAUGGGCGUGGCCGUCAUCUUCAUCGCCCCCGCGGGCAUGUUGACCUACGUGGAGCAGUGGCACUUCCUCGAGUCACUCUACUUCGCCUUCACCACCCUCAGCACCAUCGGCUUCGGGGAUUACGUCAUUGGCAUCCACGAGACGCGGUUUGACAACGUCUACGUGCACGAGUUCUACGAGGUGUUCGCCUACGUCUGGAUCCUGCUGGGACUGGCCUACCUCUCGCUCGUCUACCGCUACAUCACUGACACCAUGGUGGCCAAGGCACACAAGGUGGAGCGGAGCACCAUCAAACGCUUGGGGCCAGAGCUAAGCAAAAGUUUCAGCAUAAGUUUAGCUCCAGCUUUACCCUCCAAUCCUGACCUGCCGUCUGCCGCUCCAGACGGAGCCGAUGACGUCAUAUCCGCCCGAGCCACCACUGAAAACGGAAGUCCAACUUUUGAAAUCCGAUGCGCCGUGUCUCACGACACCAAGACUGACCCGUGUGGGUCCAGGCGGGACCCGCUGACGUAAUGCUGACAGAGGAUUUGAUUGGUUUAUUCCGAUACAGUGCAAAGUUCAAGUCUACAUUUCUAACGGGAUCAAACAUUCCAGUAGACAAAAAACUGGUCACGUGAUUGACCAGACCAGAGAAUUAGGUCAGCUUGACCUUGAAACACUUCUCGCAUCCAGUUGUGCUGACCUUGAAGUGCCUUGUCUUUGGCGCCAUCUUUAAACUAAGACUGUCGAGAAGGCACGCGUGACGUCAUCUGUCUCAACAUCCGGUUUGACUGUUUCUACUUUCCGUAUACGGACUAUAAAGGCUGUAUAGUAAUCCUGCACAAAGUCGACAUGGAGUUUUGGACAAAUCUCGACGGUCUAAACCUUCUGAUGAGGGAAAACUUAAUGUUGCAAUCUUGUCUGUAUGUGUGUGUAUAUGUGUGUGCGUGUGUUUGUAAACACGAUAACUUCAAUACCGUAUCAGUUAGGUUGACGAAAUUUCAUAAAUAAUGUUUACAUCCUGUACGUAGAUUUCCAUAUACUUUUCAGCGAUUUCAGGAAACAGGAAAUGUUACUUGAAAUCUAUUUCCUUUCUUCAUCAUUUGAUAUUUUCCCAUGCCAUUAUCCUAUGAAGAGUCCUAUUCUAAACACUUUUCACCUUUAUAUGUUUUCUCGAGAAAAAAAAAUGAGCGUCAGUGUGUGUUUGUGUGUGUGUGUGUGUGUGACAA